UCUUCGGCUGAUCACAUGAAAUACACAAGCGUUGCCAGCAAGCCGGGCGUGCACCCUCAACAGCAUCACUACGCGAUGAUGCGGAACCGCUACCACUCUCACCACUACAACUACCCCGAGCACGACAGUCGGAGCGCUAUGGGCAUUAUUGCUGAACUCGGUUCUGAGAGCAACGCCCAUGGGCUGGCCAAGAUCGUGACAUCAAGGGACACCAAGAGAAAGGUCAUCUGGGCUCUACUGGUGAUUGCGGGAUUCACGGCGGCCACUCUACAACUGUCGCUGUUGGUCCGCAAGUACCUGCAGUUUCAGGUGGUGGAGCUGUCAGAGAUCAAGGACAGCAUGCCCGUACAGUACCCGUCAGUAUCUGUCUGCAACAUUGAACCUAUCUCCCUUCGCACCAUCCGCCGGAUGUACUUCAACAACGAGAGCCAGAACUUAAUCACCUGGUUAAGCUUUAUUCAAAAGUUCAGGUUCGAACAGGAGUCGUUCAUGAACAGCAUCCGGGCGUUCUAUGAGAACUUGGGAGAGGACGCGAAACGGUUGAGCCACGACCUGGAGGACAUGCUGAUACACUGCCGGUUCAACAAGGAGAUCUGCCAGGUGUCGAACUUCACCACUUUCUUUGACGGCAACUACUUCAACUGCUUUACGUUCAACAGCGGCGAGCGGCUGCAGAUGCACGCUACGGGUCCAGAGAAUGGAUUAUCUCUCAUCUUCUCGGUAGAGAAAGAUGACCCUCUCCCUGGGACAUACGGCGUGUACAACUUUGAUAACAACAUCCUGCACAGUGCGGGAGUUCGGGUGGUCGUACAUGCCCCUGGCUCCAUGCCAAGUCCUGUAGACCAUGGUUUUGACAUCCCCCCUGGAUAUUCAUCGUCUGUUGGCCUGAAAGCGGUUCUUCACACACGGCUGCCUUAUCCUUACGGGAACUGUACAGACGACGUACUCAAAGGUAUCAGGAGUUACAAGAAUACCUUCUUCGCCUGUCUGCAGCUGUGCAAACAACGACUCAUCAUCCAGCGGUGUGGCUGUAAAUCAUCGGCGCUACCAGAGGUGCCCAGCUACAAUGCAUCAUUCUGUGGCGCCAUUAAAGACUGGCAAGGUAUUUCUAGAAACCAUUCCAAUGAGACUGAGCACCAGUCAGACGAAGACCGGCCCUUUAUCCCCACACCAGACCUGGCCUGUGAGGAGCGGGAGCAGAAGAACCUCAACAACGACCGAGCUUAUGAGUUGAGUUGUGGUUGCUUCCAGCCAUGCAGCGAGACGUCCUACCUCAAGUCUGUGUCUUUAUCGUACUGGCCGUUGGAGUUCUACCAGCUCAGUGCUGUCGAGAGAUUUUUCAAACAAGAAAGACAAGCUGGUCAGAAUCAUUUCAUGAAGACAGCCUUUGAGUACCUGGAGAAGUUGGCUCACCCCAGUCAGAAGCACCUGGCCAGGAACGACAGCGACAUCAAUGAUAUACUUCUAAGGAGCUACUCUCUGUCAGAGAAGGAGAUGGCCAAAGAGGCAUCUGACCUCAUCCGCCAGAACAUGCUCAGGUUGAAUAUAUAUUUGGAGGACCUGAGUGUGGUAGAGUAUCGACAGCUGCCCGCCUAUGGACUGGCGGAUCUGUUUGCCGAUAUCGGAGGCACCCUGGGUCUAUGGAUGGGCAUCUCUGUGCUGACCAUCAUGGAGCUCAUAGAACUAAUCAUCAGACUUAUCGGCCUCGUCUUCAACUCGGAGAAGGAGCUUCCCAGAGGACCCACCACCAACAGCAACAGCAGCAGCAGCAAUAACAACAACCACAACCAAAGCACUAGCCAGAACCAGCUGUACAAUGGCUACAUGGAGCACGACAGUCAUUAUUCAGACUCGGUGGGAGCCUCGGUGUUUGACUUCAGGCGCGGAGUGGAGUCGCCUGUAUGA